GCCUAAAUUAUCAGUUUACCAUACAACACGACGGUGUAUGCACACGCAUACCGCUUUUCUUCAAAACAUUAUUAUUGUGAAUCAGUCAAAAUGGGGUGUGGCGAAUUCCUCGUCAAGUACAUACUGUUCUUCUCCAAUCUAUUUUUCGCUUUGGCAGGUCUAGCACUCCUGGGUUUGGGUAUCGCUAUCCAGCUGCAAAUCAGGACUGUGGUGGAAAACAUAUCAGACUUCAAUGUGGAGAUUGCGCCUAUAACUGCCAUGGUGGUUGGCAGUAUCGUUUUCCUGAUAGCUUUCUAUGGAUGCUGCGGAGCCAUCAGGGAAAGUAACUGUAUGUUAGUUACUUACGCAAUCUUCAUGAUAGUCCUGAUGAUCAUAAAAAUCACCCUGGCCAGUCUGAUAUUCAUACAAUUGGACGAUAUUAUAUUAGAAAUACCAAAACAUCUGAACACUUUAUUCAAUAAUGAUGCGUUAGCCUUCGGAAACAUCCAAGCAGCGUUUAAAUGCUGCGGUACAACUGGCCCCCUCUCAUAUCCAAAUCCUAUUAAUCUACCAGACACAUGCUGUGAGUUGACUCCGUGUAAUGCGAUUAACGCAUACCCUGGCUGCAAUGACAAAAUCACCAGCCUGUUCCAGACAUAUGGCAUUACGAUAGGCAUUGUGCCUUUAGUAAUCGCUGCUUUUGAGCUGGUAGCAGUUGUGUUCAGCCUUUGUCUCGCAAACCACGCCCGCAAUAAAAUCAGAAGAACCCAUUAUUGAGCUGUCCACGGUGUAUCGGGUAGAACGCAGUUGAUAAUAUCUGAGAGCGAUAAGAUAGAAAAACUGCAUAAUAAUAAAAAUACAUAUAUAUAUACAGAGAAUUACAGAAAUAUUGAUCCCAUCGAUUUGAGAAUGACUCGGAACAAUUUUUUUUACCUAACUAGGGUUGCCAACUCUCGAAAAGACCAACCCGGUAGAAUUUUAUGUUUAAGAAUUUUGUCGAGGGUUGGGAGGAGGUAUUAAAAGAAAAUCAUUAAUUUUUAAAAAUAUAUUUAUUUUGUUUUCGAGCAGCAUCUAAUAUUUGUCGGUUAUUCACCACAAUAGAAAUACACAGUUUCUUUCUUUGUACUAUAUUUGCUGCAUCAUGCUGAAUACGUGCUCGAAUGAAGCAUUAGAGACAGGAGUUGAAAUACAGACGUGAACAUUUUUUUUCAAUUCAGCACAAGGAUUUCUGUCUUUCGAUUUCAUUACCAGAAAGAGAAGUCAACCCCCAGCGUAAAUCCACUCGAUUUUCUUCAACGAGACGUGGUUGCAUCUGACGCAAAAGCCCAAAUUCAUCGUACAAUUUGUCACUAUCUAUGUCAUCAGUAUUUAAAAAAAAAGCGGAAAAAUUAUUGCGCCCCAGGAAGUCGAAGAGGUUAACCAUUAUUACCGGAGUCACCCAAGCAAUCCGGGAGGGUUUUUUUGAUGGAUGAUAAUGGAAUGGUAACCCCGUCUGCGCUAACGGUAUACGCUGGCGGGGCACCAAUGAGGGAUGACAGGUGAGAAUGAAAGAAGCAGGUCACUUAGCCCAUCGUGAUGAAUGCACCUGGAAUUCAGAACGAUAGUUUCCAGGGGGGACCACGUGGAGGUCAACUUGACAGGGUAUAUUGCUAGCAAUCGGACUGGUAGUCCGCAUUACUAACAAUCCCCUCCCCACCCAUCCUGGAGGGUUGGCAACCCUAGUGACAACCCACAAAAAUAAAAUGUAAAAUUAAAAAAAAAAAUAUCACCCUAUCCCUAAAGGUAUUAAUUAGUUUAAGAUUUUUAUUUAUUAUUGUUAUUUAAAGUAUGCGAUUAAUACACGUGUGGUAUACGAAACUGUACAAUAACUGGUUUGUUUUUCCAUCACUGACUUAUGAUUGUGACGUUAUUUUUCUAACUAAUGCCUAUCAUAGUACCUAUAUAUAUUUUUUAGUUGAAUUAAAACAAUAUUUCCCUAUA